GUGUCGUGUCGCGUCGCGUCAUCGUGCGUCUCCGUGUUGCGCGCGCGAUACGAUAAGACAAAGGGCCGCCGCGUUAUCUCGCGGCCUCUCUCGCACGUGAGAGAAAGAGAAAGCGAGAGUGAGAGAGAUAGACCGAGCACACACGUCAGGAAUGCACACAACAAUCGCGGAUACCAGUCCACAUAACUGAAGGAGAAGCAUGCGAUGUGUACAGCACACACACACAGAGAGAUCGUAACCCGGGUGCAGUCCCGAUAGUGCUGAUGCAUCCCGGCGCUUCGAGAAUCGCCACCGAUCGCGUUGUCCUAACAUCGUGUUUCCAUUGACGUGUUAAGACUGCGAAGAGGAUUAGGAAGUGGAGCUAGCGGACAUUAGUCGCGACCAUCGAUGGCGGCCGCGAGUUUUCCUCCAAACUUCUCGAACGUCGGUGUACUAGAGAAUUGCGCCGGCAUGGAGGCAACAAACGGUGCGAUCGAGCACGACUUCCACAACACGUUGGUGCCGAUAAACGGUAGCCAUUCAGGCAGCUCCGGCAGGAGUACGCCAAACGGCGGCGACCCGGCGCCGGGCAAGCUUUUCGUGGGCGGCCUUUCCUGGCAGACGAGCAGCGAAAAGCUGCGGGAAUAUUUUAACAUGUUCGGCACUGUCACCGAUGUCCUCAUCAUGAAGGAUCCGAUGACGCAGCGUAGCCGCGGUUUCGGCUUCAUCACAUUCGCCGAGCCCGGUAGCGUCGACAAAGUCCUCAAGUGUCCCAUCCACACCCUUGAUGGCAAGAAGAUUGAUCCGAAGCACGCGACGCCGAAGAAUCGCGCGAAACAGGCCAAUCGCACUAAGAAGAUCUUCGUGGGUGGUGUCAGUCAGGACACCAGCAGCGACGAGGUCAAGGCCUACUUCAAUCAAUUUGGGAAGGUGGAGGAGACGGUGAUGCUGAUGGAUCAACAAACGAAACGUCAUCGCGGCUUCGGGUUUGUCACCUUCGAGAACGAGGAUGUGGUGGACCGCGUGUGCGAGAUACACUUCCAUACGAUCAAGAACAAGAAGGUCGAAUGUAAGAAGGCGCAGCCGAAGGAGGCGGUGCAACCGGGCGCGCUAGCGGCGGCGUCCUCGCCCGCUGCGGCCGCGGCGCCCGGCAAUCCCUAUCAGGGCUACUCGCUCACCAACGUCGACAUGUCAAGCUUCCAAGGCGUCGAUUGGGGAUCCAUGUACGGGAUGGGGAUGUACGUUUAAAGAAGGAAUACGUUAUAUUAAACGUAUAUAUUAUAUAUGAUACCGCACGCGCUCCCGCUCUCUGAUCUCUUGGAUCCGACGACCGACGCCGACGGAUCCUUCUCGGGGAAGAGAUCAUCUCAUUCCCCGUGUACGAUACGAUAUAAUAUUCCUUCUCCGAGGUCGUUAAUUCUCGUUGUCGCGCGAACGCCUGCCUUUCGAUUUUUAUUCGGGGAUUUAGUGUCUCUGGAAAUGGCCCACCGCUCGCGCUGCAAGUAAUAACACUCGACACUCGACGAAGGAAUGACUUCCGUUAAUGCUUCGUCGUUUUAUCCAUCGUUCUCUUAUCUCCGAGAAACGAUGCUGGGAGAGAAAUGAUGGGGAUUCUUCGAUACUUUCGUCAUGGAAUGGCAUCGUGGGAAGCAGAUAAAGCGAAAGGCGCUCCAAUGAAGAAGGUUAAAAUUUCAAUCGAUUCGCGCUCGAGCGAGGAAUGAGAGUAAGGAUGAGAGCAAAGAUUGCCGCACACAAGAGGAUCAACUAUCUCCGACGUACGGAGAUCCAGCGAAUCAGGAACACACGCGAAGAAGGAGGACAGAGUCAUCCGUAUAAUCAUAUGUUACUUUCCCAAGCGGAAAUCGAAUGAAUUGCGUUUUAAUUUUCAUUAUACAUUACUUAAUUUAUUUGUGAAGAGGCGAGAUUAAGUAUCUCAUUAUAUGUACGUCAGUUCUUUCUUCGAGUCCCUCGUCUUUCGUUUUCGCGCGGCUUACAUCACUUUUCACAAUCACGAGUCAUUGCGUUUCAGCACACUUUGGUUCCUAUUUAGAUUAACGCGUACGCAUUAGAGUCAAAAGCGCAUGCGGAACCGCGUUUCAGCCACGCCCAUUACGUUAAUCAUCGAUUAAUUAACGCGAUCCAUUAGCGGCACUCGUUUCACAGCGUUCGCGGCAACCUCGAGCGGAGCUCUCCCGAGUGUUCCCGCAACGGCCGUUCUCUCGACCAUGAAGCAAUAAAAGGAAGAAAGCAAGAAAAUCGAGAAAGCACGGCGGACGCCGUAAACGACUCUACUCCACCAGGGGAGAGAACACUAAAUCGUUUCCGUAUUUCUUACUUUCCGUUAUGCGCGUCCCUCUUUAUUUUCUCAUAAUGUUUUAUCAUGCAUAGUAUAUAUGUAUAUUCGCUAACACCCCGAUCGAGUUGUCUCCGUCAGUGAUCAGCGGAAGCACGAACGCGAUGCGUCGAACCAAAGUAUGCGCUUUUAUCGUUAUGUCGUGGAAGAAAAUGAUGCCGUUUUCCCGAUUACUGACAUUUUUUUUAUGAAAACCUUAUUGGUUUUUAUAAAAAAAAAAUAGUCGCGUUUAGUCCCUUAGCACGAAUCGAAUCGUAUAGCGAAAGACUAGCACUAGGAAGACUAGGAUCUGCGUCCGCAACGCCAAGUGCCAAACGAACGAACCGAAGAGAGACCCGUCCAUUUCAGACGGUCAAGUGCGUAAUUCCCAAGAAACGAGCUCUCCGAGCUUUCCCUAUUAUUCGCAUUCCUUUUUUCGGGAUCCAAGCGGCAAUUGGCAACGACGACAGCUUCAUAACAGAACGACGACGGACCCUUUCAGUCUCUCUCUUCGUUGCAUUGAUGCUUCCGCUCGUCAUUCUCGGCGGAGCCUCGCGUCUUUCCGCUUUUCCAGAGGGCAACAGGUCAAUAUACACAAUUCACUUUGCGCGAGCGGGUAGAUUCUCCCGAUAUAUAUAUUACAUACGUACGAUAUACACGAGCAACAAUACGAGGGACACGUACAUAACUAUAUAUAUAAAAUGUAUAGGUACAUAUAUACAUAUGGUAAACACGUAUAUACACACACAUAUACAUAUAUAUAUAUAUAUAUUUUUCUUCAAAUAAUGGAAGACAAUAUUUCUCCGCUCUCCAUCGCGUUAAAUAAAAAUAAGACUAUAGCGAUUACAGAUGUGUAAUUCGAGUAAUUCGAAAAUCGCAUUAACCUUUAAGCAAGACUUUUAGCGACUUGCGAUAUGUAAUCCGCGUACGAGAAGUCGCGCGUAUAGCUGUUA